CAUCCCGUCCAACAAAAUACACGCUGUUCGUAUGGUAGCAUACGGGGAAGGCUAACGUUUUAUUGAAAGACUUCACCCAAAACUAACCCAGAGAGCUCCUCAUUAGAAAUGACGUACAGGAGGGAGAGGAGUGUACGAGAGGUGUAUGAAGAGCGCUUCAUGGGCGACAGGCCGGGGAGAGGUCAUUACUCUCGAGGAGGAGAUAGGCGAGGCCACUUUGGCAGGCCUGAUGGUUAUGAAUAUGAAGGAGGUCCUCGCUUUUUCCCAAAUGGAGGAGGCCCGCGUAAUUACCACGGGGAAGAUCAGCGGGGCUACCAUGGCGAUUCCAGUCAUUUCCCCCCCUCAGAACGCAGAGGCGGUCCCCCAUCACGAAGGCAGGAGGAUUAUUUCAGAGGCCCAAGGGAGGAGCAACACACGGGUCGGCCUAUGGAAUACAACAACCGCGCACCGCCAACUCGGAACCAAAGCAUGUACCCAGCGCCCCGAGCGCUACCAGAAAGCGGGUCUGACACGCUCAUGCAAGCCAUCCUUAACCUGGACCGAGGGGAUGAAAGACAAGACUACAGGAGAAAGGCUCCUCCCUUCCCGCCUCCGAGAGACCGCUCCCCCCACAGCCGCUCGGGUUCGAGCGUGAGCAGCAGGGGAUACUCGCCGGAGCGGACCAAAAACCUUCCGUUCCCCUCGCAGCAAGGCAAGAGUACCGAAAAGAUCCCGGGUCUGUCAAUAGAAGGCUCUCCGAGCAGUGCCACCUCAACCAAGGAGGAGAACAAUGCACACGAAACUGAAAAAGAAAAAGAAAAAGAGGAGCCAUUGUUGCCGGCUGUUGUCACAGAGGAGAGUCAAAAGACAGACAACUUUAAUGAGCGGCGAUCGCUGGCCAUUGCAACUAAAGCCCAAGAGAUUGAAAAGGUGUACCGCCAGGACUGUGAAACCUUUGGUACGGUGGUGAAGAUGCUGGUCGCUAAAGAUCCCAAUCUGGAGAAGCAGCUACAAGUCCCCCUCAGAGAGAGCCUAGGGGAGAUCCGUGAACGUUGUAUCGAGGACCUCAAACAGUUCAUCAGCCAACUGGAUGAGACAUUACAGCAUCCAGAAGUCCCUACUUGUGACUUGACCGCCCCUUCGACAACCUCCAGCAGCCAGAAACUUUCAAAGACAGGAAGCAACCACAGCUAAGGUUUUUUGACAAAAUGAUCGGAUGGAACGUCGUGGGAUUACCGUCUGACCACGGCGGAUCACUUGGAUUGUGACUCAAUGGAACUGGACACAUGUUGGACUUGUGGAUUCUCACUACUUUCCAGCACACGGGUGGAGGCUAACCAGUGUUAGAUUUUGAAAUGAAAUCAUUUGUAACUUUUUAGUGUUCUCUGUUAAAAGUCGAAUUCGACUGGUGCUGUGUCACCAUGUCAAAGAUGUGUGUCGAACAUUUUGAGUGAGUAUAAUGAAUUUUUCAAAUAAAAGCUCCUGUUUUUUUGCAUUUAAA